AUGGUUGAUUUCGAAAAUGCGGCAAUUAAUGCUUUUCAAUCAUCAUUUGGUAAAACUACAAGUCCAGUUGGAAUGUCAGCUUGCUUUUUUCAUCUUCAAAAAAGUAUUUUGCGUAAAUUACAAGAUCUGGGACUAAAAAAUAAUUACGAAAAUGAUUCAGAAUUUGCAUAUAAUGUUCAUAAAAUUUCUGCAUUAGCAUUUCUUCAACCAUCUGAUGUUGCACAAGCAUUCGACGAUCUUUAUCCAUCUUUACCUCCAAUGUUAGAACCUGUAAUGGAUUACUUUGAAGAUACGUACAUUGGAAGACGUCGACCAAAUGGACGUGCAACACCAAGAUUUUCGAUUGACUUAUGA